AUGAAUAGCAUGAGUACAGAAAUCCCGUGUGAGUCAGGUGAGCGGCAUUACCCGCACCACCACGCGCAGACGAGAGGCCCGAGGCCCGUCAAGGUGAGGCGGUUCUGCGCAACAAGAACCCGCAACUUGUUCCGAUCUCUCCAUCCAUCCACUUUGGCCAGCAGCUGUCUGCCUCGACCGCCUCCAUCGCCAGCCCAGCGUGCUCCUGACGCAGAUCAAGCAUACACUUUUUUCUCGGAGAAACCACAACUCACAAGCAUCGAUCGUGUUUCAGAGAUAUCACCAAGGCAAAGUGACUUUACCGACCGUGACUAUCACCAGAUGAGAGAGCAACUUCCAAAGGUACUAUUAAAGCCUGUUGUUACUGGGCAGGCAGGAGCGGUGCAGCUGCUUGCAGAUGACUUUUCUCCAAGCUCUUAA